AUGGCGAGCUUCCAGCAGCCCCUUCAGUGCGUGCAGUAUGUCAAACAGCAGUCGCCGAGCUCCGGAGAAUUCUUGAUUGCCUCGGCAGGGCGGCAUCUUUACUCGUAUGCCGCCACCACUGGUCAAUUUCUGGACGUGUGGCCGAAGAAUGUAGAGUCCAACACCGAGUCUGCUCCCGAGGAUCAAGCGCCUCCUGAGAAGAGGAGGAAGCUCUCGUCGGGUGCCGAUGGGCUCGAGGAAAAUUUGAAAGACACCACUGCGCCGAAGAAAAGCUCGGGCAAGCAAUUGCCGGAAUGGUCUAACAUCCCAAUUCUGACCACGUCUUUCGAUGGAAAAUAUGUAAUCGCGCUGACUGCGGAGGACAAAUGCAUCCGGGUGUUCAACUUGGGUGAAAAUGGCAAGCUUGAAGAGCUCAGUUCGCGAGAGAUGCCCAAGCGGCCGAGCGCAUUGGUCUUGACUCCCGACGGUCAAACUAUUCUGUGUGGCGACAAAUUUGGUGAUGCAUAUUCCUUGCCUCUUAUUCCGGGAGAGUAUCUUCCUCGCACGGAGAAGGAAAAGGCCUACAAGCCUGCUGCUACGGCACUAACCGUACACUCGAGGCGCAACCUCGAGUCCCUAGAGCAACAACGGAUUCAAGCCGAGAAGGCCGCCAAGAAUGGUGGCGUGAAAAAGCCCAGCUCCGAAGAAAAGACUUCUCUCAAUUUCGAGCACAGGUUGAUUAUUGGUCAUGUCUCCUUACUGACCGAUUUGAUCGCCGUGGCUCUGCCUACAGAGGCCACGCCAGGCCGAAAUUAUAUUCUAACCGCUGAUCGUGACGAGCAUAUUCGUGUGUCUCGAGGAAUCCCCCAGUCUCACAUCAUUGAACGGUACUGCCUGGGCCACACCUCAUUUAUUACGAAGCUUUGCAGCCCAUCCUGGGCGCCCGAAUACCUCAUUUCCGGCGGAGGUGACAACUAUUUACUUCUAUGGAACUGGGGUGAAAGCCAGGUCCUUCAAAAAGUCUCGCUGGAAGGCCUUGUGCAAACACCAGAACCCAUUGUUCGAGGAAUCUGGGCAGUUUCUCUUGAGCAGUCCGCAGCUACAGUGAAAGCAAUCUUGGUUGCACUAGAGGGAUCUCCAGAGCUUUUAUCAUUCACAAUCGAGGAAGAUACUCUGAAGCUGCAGGACACUAUUCAAUGUUUCGGAAACGUCCUGGAUCUGACUGGUAUCGACUCUCGAGGCUCAAUUGCUGUCUCUGUGGACACCAUCCGGGAGCCUGGCUCGACCGAAGCAUGGAAGUCGACUUCUGGGACACCUCAGAAGCUCCUUGAAUACUUUCAAGUCAGCGUGGAGGUGGAAUCUUUGAAGUGGAAACCAGUGGAAGACCCUUUGGCGACUAGCAUUAACUCAGCGGGAACUUCGGCUCUCCCGGCUGAGCUCGAUGACAAGCAAAAGAAGGGGUUCGACGACAUUCUGUACACUUUGGGCGUUCUUCGGAAGAGGGCUUACGACUGA